CAAUAUAAUAUUUUUUAGUAAUCGGUAUUGUUAUUAACCGACAAUUUUCCUUCGCUAUUCAUUUCCGUCGACGAAGUUUUAUUCAUAUUUUAAUACUACCUACUAUGAAUCUCAAACAACAUAGUUUCUACAACAUAUUAAUUUUGAUUUUUUGAUCUGGUGUGUCGACUGUCUACUAGCAGUCGUUAAAAUUUAUUCGUUUUCAUAUAAUCCUAGGUAAAAUAAGACCAACCAUGCAAAAGUAUAUGUCUAAAUCUGAAGUUCGAUGUGCAAGUUUAAUGAACAAUGUAUUGGAAGAAAAUAUUAAUAUAAAUGAAAUUUUGGAAAAAAUUAAAUCAUUUGAACCAUGUAAUGUUCGGCAUGGUGUAGGUAAAAUAGAAUUCACAUUUUACGUGAUUGAUUUUAUUCAUAAUAAGACUAUGCAAUAUGUAAAUCAGCCAGAUGAGAAUGAGCCUGUUAUAAACAACGCAUUUAAUGUGCCAGAAGUUGAAUCACCGAUGGUGAAACGAAUAAUACCUAAAAUAUCAACAACAAAAGGUUCCAACAGUCAGGGCAAAAAGACAGUUCAAAUACAUACCGUGACAUCAAAAUUGAACAAAACAAAAAUAACUGAUAUUACUAAGAAAGAACGAAGACCCUUGGAUAUAUUAGGAAGUCUGUACGCCGCGAUGAUAAAUUCUAAUAUAUUAUGUAAUUUGUUUCAUGAAUUAGGUUAUGUAUUUACACUUCUUACUGUAAAAAAUCAUGAAAUAAAAUCUAAUAAUGAUAGUUUUAGUUCAAAUAAUACGUACUUCAAAUCAUCUGAUGAUUGUCAUUAUUUUGCUUCAAGAACUAUAGAACAAUUAGUUUCAGUUUUAACUUAUUUGGAAAAACCAAUUAUUAAUCUCAUUUUAAAACAGAAAGUUAUCAACACAUAUGCACCAGAAUUGGCUAAAACUUUUGAAAAUAAAUUUAACUCAUUAAACAUAAAUGAUGAUAUAAAAUCUUCAAGUUCAAGUAUAUCAAAAGAUAUGGUAAAAUUUGAUGGUGAACAUGAUGCCAGAGAUUGUUUUCCAUCAAUAAAAAUGUUUUAUGCUUUCAAAACCCAAAGAGAUGCAUUUUAUGAUUUACUAGAAAAUUGGAAACAAAACGAAAAUCAGUAUGAACUUGAUCCUAAGAAAUUUGAAAAUAUCAAGAAAAUGCUUAAUGAUAAUAAGAACUCUGUUAAUAUGAGUAAAUUUGCUAAAUUAUUUGUUGCUCAAUUGAUAAAUUCCACAUUUGAAGAAUCAAAGAAUGUCUAUAAAAACAAAACUAUUAAGGAGUUAUCUGCUUCAAAGUUAGAAUUACUACAUCAGCGAAUUACUAAACGAGACUAUACAAGUGGAUAUAGUGUUAAUCCAGCUAAUGAAUUUCCUGGCAUGCAAAUGUUUUUUAAAGAAUUUAUUAAUAUGUUGUUAGAUGAUGGAGUUUUUUGUAAACAUUUAAUAGACACCUUAGUACAUAGAAUUGAUGUAUUAAAUACAAUGGAGUGGGCUUCUGAACUACAAGAAGGUACAAUUUAUCAACAAACCUUCUUUUUUUAUGUUGAUACUUUAAGAUUGUUGAGUAAAUUUUUAGCCUUUACAUUAUAUAAUCCAUAUAAAGAUUAUAAUGUUUUAAAUCCAACUUUAAAAGAAUAUAUAUGGGAAGUACGAUCAAAGGUUUUACCUCCAAUAAAUUUGCUUGCCAAAUUACGCUGUGCUCUUAAACAUGGACAUAGUGAGAUUGUAUUAACUACUUCAUGGAUAAUUGAAUAUUUGUACCAAGUAGAUCCAAUUUCAAUUACAACUCCUUUUUAUAAAGAUAUACUGACAUUGAUAUAUUCUCUGUGUAUGGUAAAUUCUGAUUUAACUGCUUCCAAACUAAUGCUGAGGUUACAGUUUAAUUGUUUAAUUGAACACAUAAAUAUAGAACCUCAUACACUAUUUGAUGACUCAAAAAGAUGUUUUGAUAAAAAUUUUAUAGAAAAUGUUGCGAAGGAAUUAAAAAAUGAUCUUGUAGUAAAUACAAAGCAAAUUUAUCACUAUUGCCCACAACUAAAUAAUUAUCGCACUGUAUUAGAAAGUAAAGUUCAUAAUAAAAAGAUAAAAUUUUUAUCGCCUACAGUAAGUCUACCUAGCCAAAAAAUAAACCAAAAUCGGCAGAUAGAAUUAGAAUUAGAAUCACAUUUCUUUGAAAACCAUUCUCCCUCUGUAUUGGCUACGGUUGAUUUCAUCGCUAAACGAAUUGCUUCUUCAUGUACUAAAAAGAUUCAAAAUCAAGGUAUAGCUGCUGUAAAGAAUCAAUUUGUUGAUAUUGUGUGUGAAAAAUUCAAAGAACAUAUCAGCAAAAAUACAGAUGUAGAGUUUAAACUUGACGAAAAUGAUGUAACCAAGUGUAGUUUAUUUUUGAGUUCUUCUAUUCAACAGUAUGUAGAUCAUUUUUCUAGAAACAAUAUUCCCAACUCCAUUAAUGAAUUAUUAGAUUCUGAAUCUGUGAAUCCUGGUUCCUUGCCAUUUUGCAUUGCUGUUACAGUUCGUAAAUUUAAAGCACUAGUAACAGAUUGGGUCAAGAAUCAUAUAAAUAUCAAAAAUUUGUUCAUUACUUAUAUUAACACUGAAUUGAAAACAAAUUUAAAAAGUGGCAGUAUAGAUGAAGAUGGAAAUAAUCUUCGUGAAUUAUUGAUGCCAACUCUUUGUGAUGAGCCAGAUGAAGAUUUGUUUAUUCCAGAAAAUGAACUUUUGAUAGAUUUGAAUAUAUUUAGUUUAAAAAUUAUCGAAGUUGAUAACUAUAAACUAUCAUCGGAUGAUAUCUUAGAAUAUUCUGAAAAAUUUAAAAUUGUUUUAGAAAACAAAAAUAAGAUGGAAUCUAACUUAUACCGAUUUAUAAUUUCAAGACUAAUUGAUAAUUUAUUAUUAGCAACGUAUCAAAUGCCAAAGUUGUUCAAUAAAGAUGUGAUGAAAGCUUAUCAUCCAUAUUUGGCUGAAAAUCUGUAUACUGUUUCAAUGAUAAUAUGUGAACGUAACAUAUAUAUUCUGUCAGAGAAGUCAAAUUCUCAUAAGGCUAUUAUAAGUGAAAAAAUAACAGCUUGGAUGCAAUAUUUUAUAGAAAACAAUUUUCUUACUAUUGAUGAACUUACAAAUCAAAUUAUGUCAAUUUUACAAUUAUCUUGGCCAGAGGAUACAUUAAAAUGUUUAUCGAUUUGCUUUAAAGAUUUGAACAGUGUUUGUUUAAAGAAAUUUGAUGAUACUAAGGUUCAAGAGUUAUUCAUGUGGUUAACAAAUUUUAUGGAUAUGAUUGAGGAUUACGAUAUUGAUUAUUGAGAAUAAUAUGAACAAUAUUUACUUUUUUGUUUCCAUUAUUUUUUACAUUUAUUAUAAAAAUUGAAUUAUUAAAUUUUUCAUAACAAGACUGAAUUUUAACAAGAUCAGAUUUUAUAACUAGAAUUGACAAUAUGAUCUCUUUUUAAAAUUGUUCUAAAAUGUUAACUUUUGUACCUUAAUAAUAUUAUUGAAUUAUUUUUU